UAAAAAAAAAUCCAAUGGGUCCGUUCCCUCUAUCUCUGAAUAAGUCUCAACCUUUGGACCAAACGUGAUGAGUUGAAAGCGAAAGAGGAAUCUGCAUGAAUUUAUUGAACUCUUCUAGAUUGAGAUAUUUCGUGCACCCGUAAAUAGCAGAGCAGGCCCUAUAUUUCCACAACAAUAAUUUUUUUUUGAAAUUAUUUCCACAACAAUAAUUAGAGUUGAAAUAUUCAACAAAUGCCGUAGACGUAUAUUAAACCAGAUCACUCUUUUCUCAGAAAAAAUAAAGGUGAUUUUCGCAAUUAGGCUCACAGUAGUGCUUCAAUUAUCUUCCAAAUAAAGAAGGUGAUUCCUAUUUUGUUUGGUGGAUAACUCUUUGCCAAUGCCACCACUUGUAAACACACGAUGACAUUCAUGUGUUUAUCAAUCUUGGUUUUUGCUCUGCCCAUAUUCUUGUCCAGUUUGGUUUGCAAUGGAUCAGACACCUUAUUACUUGGCCAAUCUCUCCUGCCAAACCAGACCUUAGUUUCGAAAGGGGGCAAAUUUGAGUUGGGAUACUUUUCUCCACCAAAUUCCACCAAUUUUUACAUUGGCAUAUGGUACAAAAGCAUACCCCUUCAGACCGUAGUUUGGGUGUUUAAUAGGUACACACCUAUCCUUAACAACUCACAACUGAAAUUACUCUACUAUGACAAAUAUUCUUCAUUGUGUUUGCUGAUCGCGGGAAUUGAUGAUGGGGAGAUAUGUUUUGGGACAAGUUCAAAUAUUAGAGAGGCACUCAUUCUCGACACUGGAAAUUUCGUGAUGAGAAACGCUUCAGGCGGCAUUCUAUGGCAGAGCUUUGACGAACCAACUGACACGUGGCUGCCAGGUAUGAAGCUUACAGAUUCUGAUUCACUUUAUUCUUGGAGGAAUCCGAAUUCACUUUAUUCUUGGAGGAAUCCGAAUGAUCCCUCUCUAGGAAAUUACUCUUUAGUAUCAGAUAAGAGACAACUAUUCAUACGAUAUAAUGAUAAUCUCUCAUUGUGGGCAAGUGGCAAUCACUCAAAUUUCAGCAGCUCUUACAAUGUUGCUCUUGAGUCUAGCGGUACUGAUGAACAUUUCAUGUACUAUAAGAAUUACAGUGACUCACUAGUGUCGAGGAUUGUGAUAGACUAUCUAGGCCGACUGACGCGUUAUGGAUGGUCCGAGGCUAGCCAGGCCUGGAUUGUGCUCGCUUCUACUGCAGAUUUUAUGAGUCGGCCUAAUAGCAUAUGCAACCACAGCUACUGCAGAUGCUUGGAUGGGUUUGUACAAGAUGGGGAGUUGUCUAGUGGGUGUGAGAGAAGGAGACCGCUUAAAUGUGGUGAGAGAAAAACCACAUUUGUAACAUUAAGCAUUGCAAGAUUGCCUGCAUACCCUCAAUACUGGACAACUACUACAAAUGAUUUAUGCAAUUUAGCAUGCUCCAGAAACUGCUCCUGCACUGCUUAUUCCUACGAUACGAUUAUUGGAGGACUAUGUUUCUUGUAUAUGGGAGAUUUGUCAGCUAUGGAGAGCCCAUUAAAUAAUUCUGUGGGGGUGGAUAUUUAUAUCAAAACAGAAUCAGCUUAUAAUGGAAAACUACUUGUCGUGGCUCUAGUCGUGCCCAUUCCUGCUGCGGUCAUUAUAUCAUGUUUUUGCUUUUACUAUAUCUGGCCGAAGCUCAAAAGCAAAGUGUCAGGGGAAAGAAAUCAGAAUCUAUUACUGCUUGAUUGGAAUUCUAAUGAAGCGGCAUAUGAGGGACAUGGUUCAGUUAGAAAGAAAGAUAGUGGGCAUGAGUUGCCAUUUUUCAGUUUGGAGAGCAUAGCAAAAUCAACCAACAAGUUUUCUAUCACAAACAAGCUUGGACAAGGUGGUUUUGGACCUGUUUUUAAGGGAGAGUUGCUGAAUGGACAGUUUGUGGCUGUGAAAAGGCUUUCAAAAAGGUCUGGUCAAGGAUUAGAGGAGUUCAGAAAUGAGAUGGAACUGAUUGCCAAACUGCAGCACAGAAAUCUUGUUCGAAUCUUAGGAUGCUGCAACGAGAAGGAUGAGAUGAUACUAGUUUAUGAAUACAUGCCCAACAAAAGCUUGAAUUCUUUCCUCUUUGAGAUCAACAAGAAAGAGGUACUAGACUGGAAGAAACGCGUUCAUAUAAUUUCAGGCAUCGCUCAAGGGCUUUUGUAUCUCCACCAAUAUUCGCGCUUGAGAAUAGUUCACAGGGAUUUGAAAGCUAGCAAUAUCCUGCUAGAUGCUGACAUGAAUCCCAAAAUAUCUGAUUUUGGCAUGGCAAGAAUAUUUGGAGGGAACGACUCUCAAGCAAAUACUAAACGGAUUGUUGGAACUUAUGGUUAUAUGUCACCGGAAUAUGCCAUGGAAGGGCUUUUCUCUGUGAAGUCCGACGUGUUUGCCUUCGGAAUACUGAUGCUGGAGAUUAUCAGUGGAAAGAAGAACACUGGUCUUCUUAGAUACGCGUGGAAUUUAUGGAAGAGUGAUUGUGUUGAUGAACUCAUCGAUCCCAUAUUAGAACUCUCCAAUGGUUCAUCAUCAACUGCUAUCAGAUACAUUCAAAUAAGUCUACUGUGCGUCGAAGAAAAUCCCGUUGAUAGACCACUAAUCUCUGAUAUUGUUGGGAUGCUGAACAACGAAAAAAGAAGCAUAGAAUCACCAAGAAAUCCUGCUUUAACCAUUGGGAGAGCAUUGGUUAAAAAAACCCCGACACCACACGAGGUCAAGAGUUGUUCAAUAAAUGACAUGUCAGUGUCAUAUGUAGAGGCGCGUUGAAAUUUCAACAAAGGCACACAAAAUUUGAAUGUUCAAUGUAGAAUAGCACUAGUUGUGGUUGAAAAAUUAAAGACGACAUGAGGAUGGUUGAGGGUUGGAAUGGGUAUUUUUAGCUAAAUAUCUCAUAUUUGAAUUGGAUCAACGAGUUCAUAGGUUUGAGCUUGUCAUAUUUGGAAAAUCAUGUACUAUAAUUUAUCUAUUUUGUAUGCCUUGUAAACUAUUAUACUCCCUCCGUCCCUGAAAUGGCUUCCUCUUUGGGGACGGCACAGGUUUUAAUGAAAAGUUGUAAAGUGUAUUGAUAGUGGAGAAAAAGUGAUAUAAUUAUUAUUGGAAGUUGUGAAAAA